GAUAUACUAUACACACUCACAGAAGUGGGUUUUAUUUUUGAAAUCUGUACCGGAAGCUAUGGGUUUGCCAGGGCUAGCUUGACACCGGUGAGCUGAGAAAAUCGGACAACCACGCUGCAGAGAUUUUGGGAGUUCUACAGAAUGGAGGUUUCAAGGAGAAGAUCUCUCCCAAAACAUCUGGAACCCGCCAGACCCCUGCGUCGCUGCUUCCACAUCGGCAUCGAGCCCAAAAUAAAUGCUGCAACAUGUGCACAGGCACUGGUGGAGGAAGUGGAUUCACAGACAAAUAUUGGCAUAGAGCAAUUCCUCAAGAUUUUCAACCUCGAAAAACAGAGAGAAGGCAGAAUAUCUUACACAAGAGAUUUUUUAAUUGCACUGGCGAGUUGUCCUGAGGCCAGGAAGAAGCCGGAAUUCUUGCCAGAGCACCCCAUAGUCUUAACUGAGGCAAGAGAGCCUGCGGACCUAAGGCUUCAUGAAAUGAGAUGGACUGGUGAAAAAGAGGAAAUGGCGACACAAAGGCUAUACUCACCUUAAAAAAUUUGCACAAGUUUUCACUAUUUAUCCCAAAGUGUGUUUCAGUUUUUUCCUUUUUCUUAUUGCUUAUUUUGAAUUUGAUUUAAGGCGUGAAAUUUUAUAUUGCAUGUUUAUUAUUUAAUAAUUAUUUGCUGUGAAGUUGCACAAAGUGUUAAUACUAAGCACAUCUUUAUUUGCUUAAGCAUACGUUUGGCAUUGUUUUCUAACAUUUUCUGCUGUGUAUGAUUUUGACUAUGGUGAAGCUUUCUUAUUGUGAAAAAAUAAUCUUAAUAUAAGAUAAUAAUGGCUACUUGUCAAAAAAACUAGGUGACUAGACUGCCAUUGUAGUCAUUACAUCAACAUUGUGAUAACAUGUCUUAAUAAACGUGUUAAAGGAUGUGUGAGUCGA